CCUUUUAUGGAAUUUACUAAAAAAACAAUGACGUUUUUUUUUGGUUUAGAAUAUUCUCUCCUAAAUUCGAGUACAUUCUUUCAUGGCCCCUUAAAAAAGGCUUGCAGACUCCCUCUUCUUCCUCAGCUCCCACAUUGCAGAUACUAAUAGAAAUCUCAAUCAUGUUUGGUAAUAAUGGUAGUAGAACGAAGAGAGUUACUAACCUGCUUGACGAUCGGGCCAAGGCUCGGCUAGUCGGCCUUGACCUUGACGAUUACGGUUGCGCAAGCUGCGGAAGCGACCACAGCGCCCAGGCAGACGACGACGUUUCAUUGUCGAGCUUUUCCGAAAUUGUCUUCGACUCGUCGGAGCACGACGCCGGCGAUAAUCCGCCGCCCGAUUGCGAUUCCGAGAGCGGCGUUCAACUUCGCGUUUCCGAUGACGAAGAAUUGGAGCCGAUGAUUCGCGGCCGCGCCGACGCGUUCUGCAAUCUCCUGGAGUCUCAUGUCUCGGAUGCCGUGGAAUUUCUGUCCGGAUUGAGUUUGAGCAAGCCGGCUCUCCGCCGCCGCGUUGCCGCUUAUCUGAGGGAUUUAGGUUACAACGCCGCCGUGUGUAAGACCAGAUGGGAGAGGAGCGACGGAAUCACCGCCGGCGGCCACGAAUUCUUAGACGUUCUCAGAUCCGAUUCUGCGCGGUACCUAAUCGACCUCGAAUUCUCGUCCCAAUUCGAGAUAGCGCGGCCGACAAAUCAAUUCCAGCUUCUGGUCCGGUCAUUGCCCGGAAUUUUCGUAGGGAGAAGCGAGGAGCUGAAGAAGAUGCUGAGAUUGAUGAGCGAGGCGGCGAGGCGGUCGUUGGAAGCCAGAGGCCUGCAUCUACCGCCGUGGAGGAAGCACCGGUUUAUGGUGAACAAGUGGCUGGGCUCAUACAGGCGGACCACGAACUUCGCGCCGGCUUCCAUGGAAACUUCACCUCCAUUAGAGCAGAGCUUAGCCGUCAAGUGCCGCUCCGUUGGCUUCGAUGCUGCUGCUGCUGCUAGCGGCUGUUUUCUGUUUCCCGUCGUAACUGGAACCAGAUGAACAAGAAAUUUAAGAAAUGUAAAUUCAAAAUGGGGGAGGAGGGAAGGGUAUGUCAUCGAUAAAUAAUGGGAAAUGGU